AUGCCUGCGCUCGACUCUGGUCUCAUCCUCAUUACUGGUGCCUCAGGAUUCAUUGGAUCUCACACGGUCAAGGCCGCCCUCGACUCGGGCUACACCGUCCGCGUGGCGGUCCGCACGCCUGACAAGGGCGAGUACGUCAAGACCCUCUUCCCGGAAUACGCCGAGUCGAUCUCGUACACGAUCGUGGAAAACAUGGAUGUCAAGGGAGCCUACGACAAGGCUGUGGAGGGCAUUGACGGGGUGAUCCACCUCGCCUCUCCGGUCGACAUGCGCUUCGAGGGCCCAGCGUCUGACAUGAUCGCUGUGGCCGUCGCCGGCGUGGUCAACCUCCUCGACGCGCUUGCUCUGGCCCCCGUCAAGCGCGUGGUCAUCCUAUCGUCGGUUGCGUCCAUCGGACCCGUCGUCCGCAACGAGGCCCAACUCGACGGAAAGAGGGUGUACACCGAGGCCCAGUGGAACGACGAGGGCGUCGCCGAGGCGCUGCAACUUGAGGCCGCAGCAUCGGGACGGGUCAAGUACGCCGCGUCCAAGGCUCAGGCUGAGCGCGCGUUCUGGAAGUGGUUUGCCGACCACAAGCCGACCUUUGACGGUGUGUCUAUCAACCCUUCGUUCAACUUUGGCCCGCCGACCGCGUUUGGUCAGGGCAUCCCCUCCAGCGUCGGCAUCGUCGUGCCCUGGCUCAAGCCGGGUGCCGAUGCCAACACUCUCAAGCAGGAGUUUGCAGGCGUCGUCGACGUGCGGGACGUGGCCUACGCGUCGGUCAAGGCGCUAUCGACGCCCGAGGCUGGGGGCGAGCGCUAUAUCCUCUCGGCGGAUACUCUGUUCAACAAUGACCUCGCGAUUGGCGCGACAGCCGACAAGGAGGCCAACACUGCCGGCUUGACCCGCGGUAACACCGACCCUGCGUUCCGUGCCGAGCUCGACUCGAAGGCUAUCGUGUACGACGGCUCCAAGGCUGAGGCGGCGUUCGGUUUCAAGUACCGCGCCAAGGACAGGACGAUUGCCGAGGCUGUCGAGGCGAUCCGCAAGACUCGUGCAGGUGCGCUCUGA